CUCGCAGUGCACGCCGGGAAACGCGGUCGUCCGACACCAUCUUGCGGAGCUGCCGGCGGCGGUGACCGUGGGAAAGGGCAUCCACUAGAGCCAUGAAGCUCCUCAGCAGGGCAGGGUCCUUCUCGAGAUUUUAUUCCCUCAAAGUUGCCCCGAAGGUUAAAGCUUCAGCAUCCCCUGGAAGAGUGCCUCUGAAGCCUGAGGGUCUUGAGUUUACCAAAUUACCAAAUGGUCUGGUGAUUGCUUCUCUGGAAAACUACGCUCCUCUAUCAAGAAUUGGCUUAUUCAUUAAAGUAGGCAGUAGAUAUGAAGACUCCAGCAACUUAGGAACUGCUCAUUUACUACGUCUUGCAUCUACUUUGACUACCAAAGGAGCUUCGUCUUUCAAGAUAACCCGUGGAAUUGAAGCAGUUGGUGGUAAAUUAAGUGUAACUGCAUCAAGGGAAAACAUGGCUUACACUGUAGAAGGCAUUCGGAAUGAUAUUGAAAUCCUGAUGGAGUUCCUGCUCAAUGUCACCACAGCACCAGAGUUUCGCCGUUGGGAAGUAGCUGCCCUUCAGUCUCAGCUGACGAUUGACAAAGCUGUUGCCUUUAAGAAUUCACAGACUCGUGUCAUUGAGGACUUGCAUGAUGUUGCCUACAAGAAUACGUUGGCUAAUCCCUUGUAUUGUCCUGACUAUCGGAUAGGGAAAGUAACCCCAGAUGAAUUACAUUACUUUGUUCAGAACCACUUCACAAGUGCAAGGAUGGCGUUGGUUGGACUCGGUGUAAGCCAUCAUGUCUUAAAGCAAGUUGCUGAACAGUUUCUCAACAUGAGGGGUGGCCUUGGUUUGGCUGGUGUAAAAGCCAAAUACCGUGGAGGUGAAAUUAGGAAGCAAAACGGAGACAACUUGGUCCAUGCUGCUAUCGUAGCAGAAAGUGCUGCCAUUGGAAGUACAGAAGCAAAUGCAUUUAGUGUCCUUCAGCAUCUACUUGGUGCUGGACCACAUGUCAAAAGGGGCAACAACACCACCAGCCUCCUGAGCCAGAGUGUUGCUAAAGGAAGUCACCAGCCUUUUGAUGUUUCUGCAUUUAAUGCCAGUUAUUCAGAUUCUGGACUCUUUGGAAUUUACACUAUCUCCCAGUCUGCAGCUGCUGGUGAUGUUAUCAAGGCUGCUUACAACCAAGUAAAAGCGAUUGCUCAAGGAAGCGUUUCCCCUGCAGAUGUCCAAACUGCCAAGAACAAACUGAAAGCUGGGUACCUAAUGUCCAUGGAGACUUCAGAGGGUUUCCUGAGUGAAAUCGGGUCACAGGCCCUAAUUGCCGGUUCUUAUAUGCCACCAUCCACCGUCCUUCAACAUAUUGACGCAGUGGCUGAAGCUGAUGUCAUAAAGGCUGCAAAAAAGUUUGUUUCUGGCAAGAAGUCAAUGGCAGCAAGUGGAAACUUGGGACAUACACCUUUUCUUGACGAGUUGUAACACAGAUGCAUUAUCUUCAAGUCUCAGCCCAGACCAGCAGACACAUCAGAGUCAGGUCUUAAUUUAACAUUCAACAUUUUUCUCAGUGAAGUAAAACUUACAAGCAGAUAUGUGGCUAGUUACUCCCAGCUGCCCCAGAGCCAAUAAAGCACUGUGUGUAAA